CGAAAACUCAUCAACAAAUUCAAAAUGCCCGCUUCGCUUCCAACUCAGUUCAAUUUUAGGAGGGCGAAUUGGCAACGUGUUGUGUGAUCUGUGUUGUGAAGCAUGCGGCCGAAGCUCUGUGAAAUCAGGAAUAUUCUGAAUCAUUUACAAUUUAUUGCGUACAAUCGUCAUUUACAUCAUUUUUGGUGCAACCGACAGGCAGUUCUCAAAGAAAUUUAUCACCGUUCAUCAUCAAUUGGUCUCAGUCGACACAACUUCAGUGUUACUGUCAAAAUGGAUAGUAACUCUUCGGAAGAUCAUGUACCACCAGUUGAUAAUGCAUCCAUAGACAAUGCAAACCCUCAAGAUAUUGAAGAAAUGGAUAUAACAGACGACCAUCCAUUUUUAUCUUAUGAUCAAGGGUCAAGUUCCAGUGAAUACUCAGACUCCUCUCAAGAUUCUUUCGAUGAUGAUGCCUCCCAGACAAGUGAUAUCCGUGUCAUCAGUGAGGUAUCCAGUUGCCAAGUUCCUGUCACCAACUUCGAGGAAGGAAAAGCUAGAAUUCAAGUACCAGUAUCAUUUAAAGUGUUCUUCAAUCCUGUUCAGGAAUUCAAUCGAGAUCUUAGUAUUGCGGUAUUGACUCUGUUUGCGGAGGAUCAUUUUAAAGAGGAAAGGUCUACUACCUCCAAAAGAAAAAACAAGAAAGGAGAUUCAAGUCAAAACAUUGAUGACCUGUAUUCACUUCACUUGUCUGCUGGAAUUAGAUACAAGGAAGGUAUAGAAAUAUUGGAAGCGCUCUCUGCCUCUGGUCUACGCGCCAUUCGAUAUGCAUUGGAAGUACCUGGGGUCAAACAAAUCACAGCAAAUGACAUGUCUCGAAGUGCAGUUGUCAAUAUUGAGGAUAAUAUUGAACUUAACAAUGUAGAAGAUAUUGUCAUAACCAGUCAAUCUGAUGCUGUGUGGCUGAUGCAGCAACAAAAGGCUGAUAACCUUUGGUUUGAUGCUAUUGACUUGGAUCCGUAUGGUUGUCCCUCAAAAUUCUUAGACUCAGCUGUUAAUGCUGUCAGAGACGGUGGUUUGCUUCUUGUCACAUGCACAGAUAUGGCAGUACUUGCAGGCAACACUCCAGAAAGUUGCUACUCUAAGUAUGGUGCAAUCUCAUUGCGGAACUCCGCUUGCCACGAAAUGGCACUCAGGAUUGCGCUGCAAAGCAUCGAGUCCCACUGUAACCGUUAUGGCAGAUAUAUUGUUCCUCUUCUCUCCGUGAGUGCUGAUUUUUACAUCCGAUUAUUUUUGAAAGUAUACACAAGUCCACAAAAAUGCAAGCAGUCCCUAUCCAAACUCUCGACAGUAUUCCAGUGCAAUGGUUGUUGCUCGCUUACGCUUCAGCCGCUCGGAGCUUUCAAAGAUGCUGGGAACAACCAGUUCAAAUAUUCGUUACCUAAUGGGCCUGCAGUUGGAGAGACAUGUGCUCACUGUGGACAGCGGCACCACAUGGGCGGUCCCAUCUGGAAUGGCCCUAUACACGACAAAGCAUUCGUACGUCGUUUGAUAACGCUGAUGAAGAAGUCAAUGGAUAAAUUUCAAACCAGCAAACGGAUGCUUGGAAUGCUAAGUGUGAUCGAUGAAGAGCUUACUGAUGUCCCAUUGUACUAUACACUCAGUUCACUGUGUAAUCGAGUGCAUUGCACAACCAUACCUCUCAAAGAGUUCAGGUCUGCGCUGCUCAAUGCUGGCUUUGAAGUAUCCUUAUCACACUGUGCAUCCAAUUCAAUCAAGACCAAUGCACCCAUUUCCGUUGUGUGGGAUAUCAUGCGAUGUUGGGUCAAAACUCACCCUGUUGCUGAAAAGCGCCUCCUUUCCGAUCCAGUUUGUGCAAAUUUGCUAAAGAAAGAGCCUGAGUUCAUAGCGAAUUUUGAUGUGCAUCCAGAUGCUGUCCCUGAGUCCAUUAAGAAUGGGUUACUCCGAUUUCAACUCAACCCUGCGCCCAAUUGGGGGCCAGGCUGUCGCAGCUCACCAAAACUUUUGACUAAAAGUGACAAACGUCAACAUAACCAGAAUAAGCGAAAACGGGCUCAUCAUUCAGCAGAUGGCUCUAGCUAUAAUGGCAACCGUGCAGACAUCCCAAUUGUGACUCUCUCAGAUGAUGAUUCAAUGGACUGUAACAGGCCUGUCCCUGAAAACACAUUAAAUACUUCGGAAGGCAAAAAGCAGCGUCUAGCAGACUUGGAUACAUCAAUUGAAAUCACAGACUCCAAGAUCAUCAGCAUUGAUGAUGAUGAAGUUUCCGAGGUGGUAGAUGUUGACAGUUCAAACCCCAACAAGGACAGCACUACGGAAGCUAAAAAGACUGUUGAGAUAGUAGAGAGCGCAGAAGUUGGUGCAGAAAUUGAAAAGACUGCAACUGUGGAGACUGAUUGUGAAGUUGCUAACAGUGAAAAAGAAGGGGAUGAAAUAAGUGUAGAUGCCAAAAAAACAGAGGAAAGCAGAGACACAGUGAUUAGUGCAGAAAAAGAUCUAUGUAAAUCUGCAGACACAGAUGUAAAUGGAGCCCCUGAAAUUGAAUCCGUAGCACCAGAAAAGUCUUGUAACAGUGAAAAUAAUGAAGAGAUACCAGAAGAGAGUGACAGUACAUCUGAAAAAAUUAUCCCAGUGAAAUCGAGUGUGACAGAAACGCCACAAGAUUCACAUGAAAACCAUCAGUCUGAAGAACAAUCGACCCCCGAAGGAAACAAAGCCUCAACCCUAGAAGAGGCUGAGAAAAAUACUGGUUUAGAAGAGAAAUCCGCCAGUCUAGAUCAGGAGACAGUAGAAUCAGAAAAAAAAUCCCUAGAACUUAGCGAAUGUUCUAAACCCGAUACAUAGUUUUUUUGCAACGUAUGACAGCUUGCACCAGACUUAAACUGCAAGUUUUGUGAAAGUGUAUGAAUCGGACUCUAAGCUGGCCCUAUCAUUAAAAUUCUCAGGCAUUCCAAUGUGAAUCCUCAAAUUUGCACUCAUAAAUAUUGUAGGUUACCUGGAGUUUUUGAGACACGAUUUUCAUAAUGAGAUGUGUAAAGAUAUUUUUGAAGCUUAAAGUAGAAGGUGAAUAUUUGUGUCGUCAGAAUGAUAUAGGGCAUGACGAUAAGUGCACUUUAUGUCGAUUGUAGGUAUUAAACAACUGUGCCCACUUGACCUUGUUGAGCCAUCUACAUAUAUAUCUUGGUGUAAACUAUCGAAUAUUGUAACCACUUUCUUCUCUUUCUUAGAGAGGAGUGAAAUGAUUGUUUGUUUUUUUUCCUGUGCUCUGCCCAGUUCUCAAUGAAGUUCUUCAUUGGGGAACCUCUUCUACAAAAGCAUGCUGUAUAAUCUGAAAAAGGAUUCAAUUGCAUAUGUAAUUUAAUUAACUUCGCUGAACCCCAAUUUAAAGAAGAAAAUUGUGAAAGCAGUGCAAUGACAGCCUGAUGUGUUUGAUGGAACACAGAUUUUCAGUUAUAUUUUGUGAAUGGGUAACUAUGGUAACUUUCACUAACUUUAGUUUUGUUCAACAUUUUUAUCUAAUAUUAAUUUUUCACCGAAAGAGGGAAAAUGAAGGAAGGAGUUAAAAAUGCGUCAGUUUCUCAUUUUUAAACAGCAACAAGGGAAAGUGGAAACAAUGUUGUAAAUUCAUAUCAUACUUACACUUAAUCAGGACCCCAGAGCCAAAAGGUACCUAACUCAUUUGUUAAAAAAUCGAGUUAGUGUUGUUAUGGAAAUCCUACGUAACAGUUCCAUGUGUGAUAAAUUUGGUAGCCCUACUAAUGCCGGUUAUGAUGCACAAAAUUUAAAAAAUUGCAAUUUUCAUUGAAGUCAAUGGGGCCGACAUACGGUUUUUCCUGAUAUUUCAGUAUUCUUGGCCUCGCAUCAUCAGAUUAUCGCAAGGGAUAAUCAAACUUGUCAGUUAAUAAUCGUUUGAAAUCAGACAUGACUAAAAUUGAGUUAGGUACCUUUUGACACUGGGGUUCUGAUAUGAUGGUGCAAUCUAAAUUCGAUAAUUUUAAAUUAGUUUCCGUUAUGUUUGAACGGAAGAACAAGUUUUCUAAUUUUGGGCGAAGACUUUGUGCCCAACAAAGAUGUAAGCACCCCAUAUUUAAACAUAAAUGCUGAAUUGAGUUAUUUUGAGCUCAAACUUGAAAGGUACAUCCUAACCUUCCCAGUUACCUUUAGUUUUAAAAAUCGAAGAUUUUUGUAGAAGUGGUAAUGGGAGGUCCAAUGACCUACAGAACACCCCUCGUACCAAAUUUUCACCGCACACACCUCUUUUAUUUCAAGAUAAAUAAUCCAAAUACUUAAAAUGAAGAAAUUUAAUAGUGCCCUAUUACCCACUUAUUUGUAUAUAACAUACACCAAGUAAUAUACUAGCAAAGUAAAGUCAAACAAAAUCUGUCGUUGAUGCUUCGUAAUUACCGUAAUUUGGAUUAUUAGUGAAUGUAAUAUUAAAUGUUAUUAGUAAAUCCAUGAUUUGACU